GAACGGGUGCUCCCGCUGUGCUUUCUCUCGCGAGCUCCCGCGUCACUUAAUUAAAGACAAGGUCGAUGGCGAUGGUUGGAGGAAGCACUGCUGCUGCUUCCGGCGAGGUUGAGGCCGGCUUUGCUAAGCUCCAGGGAGAGGAUUUCGAGUACUACAUGCAGACCUAUUCGAUCAUGCUGGGUCGCAACAGUAAGAAGUCCGCUGUCGACGUAGACCUCUCUAGCCUCGGGGGUGGAAUGAACAUUUCCCGUCAUCACGCUCGCAUCUUCUACGACUUUCAGCGUCGCCGCUUCGCCCUCGACGUCAUUGGCAAGAACGGGUGCCUCGUCGAGGGUGUACUCCAUCUUCCAGGAAACCCACCCGUCAAGCUCGAUUCUCAGGACCUUCUCCAGAUUGGCGACAAGAAGUUUUACUUUCUACUUCCCACUCGAUCCAUUUUUUCUACGGCAUCUGUACAACGCCACAUCCCGCCUCCUCCACUUCCAUUUGCGGGGCGAAAGAUAGCCUCUGCCCGGCCGAGGAUCGCGGGAUAUGAGGAGGUUCGGGAGGUGGAAGAGGACGACGAUGAUAUGGAAGAGGGAGGAACGAAGAGGAUGAGGAGGGGGGCGUUGGAAGCGGAGAGGUACGGUAGUUACGGUUUGCCGCAUUCUGCCCUGCAGGGGAAGCCGGGGCUGCAGGCAAUGGAGAAGAAAUCAGACAUAAGGUCAAGAUUUGAUAGAGAAACAGACAAUCAACAACUCUUGCAGUUAGAAGAGAAAGAUGUUGUAUCAUCCGUAGCUACUGUGUUGUCUGAUCUUUGUGGGCCAGGAGAAUGGAUGCCUAUGUUGAAACUUCAUACAGAGCUUAAGGGGCAAUUUGGAAAUACCUGGCAUCAUAGCAGGGUGAGGAGGUAUCUCACAUCAGAGGACUGGCCACAAAGCGAGACCAAAGCGAGACCAUGGAUUGGCCUCCUUGCACUGCUCAGAAAAUACCCGGAGCACUUCGUGAUCAACACAAGAUCAAAAGGAAGGGUCACCUCAGAGUUUGUAUCUCUAGUUUCUCUGCUGUCUUAGGUAAGACAACUUUUUUUGCAUCAAGAUUCAUUCUGUGAACUAUGUAAUCUUUAGCUUCAUCCUGUUUGUAUAUUUUUCUAAAAAAAUGUGUUUCUUUCAUCUAAUUUAAAUGCUUGCCUUUCCAUUAUAAUGUUGUAUUAACCUCCAUAAC